CCUUAGGCAUAUUUAUGUAACAACUGUUUCUGAGGGAGUGUCACAAUACUAAAAAUAUUCUUUUCAUUUAAAAAAUUGUAGGGGUGAAAUCAGAACCAGAAGAAUUCGAAGAAGAGGCAGUGGUAGUCGAAGAGCAUCCCUUAGAAAUAGCAAGAAAUGAGAGAAUAUACAAUCAGCAGGUCUAUACUUCUAAGAUAGUCGAGACGUUGUAUUCCUGCAAUAACUGUCAAAAACAGUUUUCUUCACAAGCAGGCUUCCGUUCUCAUAAGCAGUUUGAUUGUGAGAAGACUAAGCUGUUUAGAUGUCCCUAUUGCUUCUACGCUGCAUUCCAUAUAGGAAAACUGCCACCACCUAAAGUCGUCACGAUUCAAACUACACCAAUAGCAACAAAACCUGCAAGUACUAAACCACUGGUUAAAAUCCUAAAGGUGGAAGACUUAAAAAACGUAGACAUAGUGGAGCGAAUCAAAAAAGACCUAGGCCAACAGAUGUUUCUGUCUAAACGGGACACCCCUAAAAUUAUCGGUGAGGUGACAUUGAAAAAGGAAAAGAAGGAUCCGGAAAUCCAGAGACCACCCAUAGAAGAAAACCCACCUUUAGUAGCGAGUACUUCUGGAGAAAAAAUGAAACUUAGAUCGUCCAAAAACGACAUAGCGAAUGAAAGAAUGAGGCGAUUCCUGAAAUUGACUACAAGUGACCUCAAACCACCACCGAAAAAACAAUUUAAAUGCGAGCUACCAUGGCCCAAUGUUAAGAAACCAGUUGACACGAUCAGAUGUCACAAGUGCGGUGUGCUGUACCAGAGAGGGAUUUUGGUGUCUCAUAUUAAAGUGUGCAAAGGACAGUUGCCCAAGUGCAAGUACUCAUGUGCUCAGUGCAGUUUCUCUAACACAUCCUAUAGUGAGUUGGCGUCUCAUGUCAAAGCAGAACAUUCUAAGAAAACAAAAUGAAUUCAACUUAUGUCGAUGUGUAACUUCAUUCAAAUACAGUUGUUUCGUCAUAUUUAAUCUCAUUUAUUUCUUUGAUAUUACCACUACUACUAUUGCUGCUACAACUACAACUACUAUUAUUUCUGACAGAGGAAAGCUUUUCCUGUUCCAAGCGCGGGAUUCUCAAAAAAUGCUCACUAAAACCCUGCAGUCGUUCGCUGCACGUCCUACCACAGUAAUGCUUGGAGCAUUUUGUCAUG